CUCUGAAACCUGCGGUUUCUUGCUUUUCCUAGAGCCCCCAGAAUAAUAUAAAUUUAAGCCUCUGGGAGGCAGUUCCUUCCCCAGAGAGGGAGUGAGAAAGGAAGGAAGCGAAGAGGGAGGGAGGGGAGGAAGGAAGACGUUUUGAUUCCGUGGGGGUUUCAUCUGUAGUAACAUACCCCGCCUUGCCAUAAAUCCAGGCUCCAGGAAGUCUCAGUCUAGGGCAGGCCCCGUUUCCUGAACCCCGGCUGCCUCACUACCCGAUCCGUGGCGCUGCCAUCCGUCUAGCAUUUCGGUUAAGACGCUCCGGUUAACACUAUAGCCGAACUUCUGCCUCCGGGUCUUCCCCUUCGCCUUUGAGCAUCCCGCUGACCACCGCACCCGCAACUCAGACUCCGCGCCUUCACUUCCAGUACCUCGUGUAGGGGACUCCUUCCAGCGGGCACGCGCAGGGCUUCGCAGGCUUUCUGGGAAAUGUAGUCCUCCCCGAGAGCGAUACCAUGCUGGUUACUACGGCUCCCAGAAUGCAAUGAGCAGAUACGCCUGCGUACAACGCUCAGUAAAGUCCUUUCCUCCGCCCCCUUUCAUGACUUCAUCGGGAGGCGGGGUAUAGUGUCCCCAUUUUCUCCAGCUGCCGUUACCCCAGACAUGGCGACUCCUGGCCCCAUGACUCCGGAGGCACCCUUCGAACCAUCGCAGCCCCCAGUUAUUGAGGGUUUUAGCCCCAGUGUCUAUAGCAAUCCGGAAAGCUUCAAGGAAAAGUUCCUUCGCAAGACUCGCGAGAACCCAAUGGUACCCAUAGGCUGCCUGGGCACGGCGGCCGCCCUGACCUACGGCCUCUACUGCUUCCACCGGGGUCAGAGCCAGCGCUCCCAGCUCAUGAUGCGCACCCGGAUCGCCGCCCAGGGCUUCACGGUGGCAGCCAUCCUGGCGGGACUGGCGGUCUCCGCGCUGAAGUCUAGACCCUGAGCCCGGAAAGCCCCGCGGAGAUGAGCCCCAGCCCCGGAGCAGCCAGGGGCCCUGCCACGGAACUCCUUCCCUCCUCUCCCCCGGCCAGCGCCGGGCCCGUGGGGGAGGAAGCGGCCAAUUGAUACUUGUUUCGGAAUCUGGUUCGGUUCGGUUUGGGUAUUGCAUACUUCAAUUUCUGCCGCACUUUCUCCACUUCCUACUGAAUAAACUCUAAUUCACUUGUA